UUAAAAUCUUCCUGUCCUUUCUUUCUUCAUUUUCAGUUUUUCCAAUUUGAAACCCUCGUGAAAAUGGCGGUCAGCAUCAGCGUGAGGGAGUCGACGAUCGUGAAGCCAGCGGAGGAGACACCUCGGCAGUUGCUGUGGAUGUCCAACUUGGACAUGACUAGUAUAAACGCUCAUACUCCCACUGUUUACAUCUACAAACCUAAAGAUGGCGCAGACAACUUCUUUGACCCGAGCGUGCUGAAGGACGCCCUCAGCAAGGCCCUCGUGCCCUUCUACCCCUUGGCCGGCCGUCUGCAGCGAAACAACGACGACAAGAAUGGUCGUAUUGAGAUCAAUUGCAAUGCUGAGGGCGUCUUGUUUGUUGUGGCCGAUAGCACCUCUUGCGCUGAUGAUUUCACCGAUUUGAAGACAUGUCUCAAGUUAGGGAAAUGUCUAAUCCCUGCGGUGGAUUACUCCACGGGGAUAUCUUCCUAUCCACUCUUCGUAGUUCAGGUCACGUACCUGAAAUGCGGUGGAGUUGCACUAGGUAUUGGCUUUGAACACAACACCGCGGAUGGUUUUGCUGCUCUCGACUUUGUGAAAGCAUGGUCUGAAAUGGCUCGUGGAGUCGACUUGGCAAUCCCACCAACUCUCGACAGGACAUUGCUUCGUGCUCGAGAUCCGCCUCAGCCUCUCCCUAACAACAACCACCAUGUUGAGUACCGUCCUCAAGCACCGGUAACAAAACCCGCCGCCGUGGCUUCUGAUCCCGGUGAUGACACCGCUACCGUCUCGGUUUUCAACUUCACGAGGGAGCAUAUCAACCUCUUGAAAGCUAACUGCUUACCAGAGAAAGAUGCUGAUAAUGGGGAUAACUCAUCAGUCAAGUACACUUCGUAUGAGGUCUUUGCAGCUCAUGUAUGGAGAUCUGCAUGCAAGGCACGUCAACUUGCUGAUGAUGAAGUGAGUCAUCUCCGCACUGCCACAAAUGGAAGGUCGAGGCUGCAGCCUCCACUUCCACCUCGUUACUUCGGUAAUGUGAUUUUCUCAUGUGUAGUAACAGCCCGUGCAGGUGACCUCAUGUCGAAACCCUUAAGUUACGCGGUGAGCUGCAUUCACAAGGCUUUGUUGCGUAUGGACGAUGAGUAUCUCCGAUCGGCUCUCGACUACCUUGAGCUUCAGAAAUCUCAAACUCAUCUUUCGAGCCUUACUCGUGGAUCAUCUUACUAUAAGAGCCCUAAUCUUGGGAUAACAAGCUGGGUUACGCUGCCUAUAUAUGAUGCUGAUUUUGGAUGGGGAAGACCGGUGUUCAUGGGACGCGCUGGACUUUCACUUGAAGGGAAGGCUUACAUGGUGCCAAGCGCAAGCGGUGAUGGGAGUUUUUCGCUGGCCAUUUCUCUGCAGUCUCGACAUAUGGAUUCAUUUUCCAAGUUGAUUUACGACAUCUGA